GCCAUUUUGAACCAAACCGGGAAGAAAAUACUCGGGCAGAAGAUGUUUAACUUUCUUUUAUUUUUCUUCUAUGUGAAUGUGUGAGCAGUUGAACCUAAUGCCGAAGUGUUUGGUAGUUACUCUCAAACAGAACCCUGCUUCGAAUGGUGGUUUGGAGAAUCCAGGUUUCAGUUGAAACGGAAACGAAUCAAAAACGGUUUGGGUUUAAACGGAGUUUGGUGGAGUUUUUCCCGGGAUGGAGGUGGACAUCCUGGAGUUCAAGGUUCCUACGGACAACAACAAAACGGUGUUCGUUUGGGACAUCCCUCCGGUUCUGACCCAGGAUCGGGUUUAUGAGCAGCUCCAUCAUGUCUUCUCCUCUUUUGGACCGCUUUACCUGUUGAAGGUGUGUCCCAACACUCCGCUCCACCCACCUGGUUUCUACGCCAUCAUCAAGUUCUACUCUGCUGCUCAAGCUGCCAACGCCCAGAGACUCACAGAUGGACGCCCUUUGCUUCACAACUCAGCCCUCAAGGUGAAGCUGAGUUCCAAGCAGACUCCCCACUUCCUGUCUGGCAGGAACUCUCCUCUGAGCCACGCCCGCUGCCUAGAACUGGCCAAUUACUACCUGGGCUUCAAUGGCUGGACCUCUGACAUCAUCACACUGAAGGAGCUCACCAAUGAAGAAGAUGGUGAGGAAGAAGAGGAGAAUAUGGGCGGAGCCAGACAGAGGCUAAGGUUCGGUUGUAUGAUGAAGCUUAGCUUCCCGCGUUACAGCGUGACAACCAGAGGAGCCGCAGUGGUGGAGGAGACCUUCAGCUGUACAGGUCCAGACGUCCUCCUGCAGAGACGCUGCAAGCUGCAGCGGUCGGUCAGAGAGAAGGCCCUGGUCCAGGCCUUCUCCUCCGUGCUGCUCAUACUUCUGGGGAGUGAUAAGGUGAUGGUGGAGCUGAAACAGACCUCAGAUCAGUUCGAAGCUGAUGAGACUGAAGACGUCCUGGAGGUGAAUGAGUUUUCCCUGACAGAGGCUGAUGAUGAGGAGGCUGAUGAUGAAGACUGGGAUCUGACCGUGUCUUAGACUCUCAGGAUUACAGAUCGGACUGAUCUGAGGUCGGCUGCAGGCUGACCAGCCUCCUGCCUUCCUGAUUGGCUGGUUCUGCUCAGGCGUAUCAGACAGAAAACAGACUCUGGGAUGCUGAAUGGUUUUAUUGCUGAACAAGGCUCUGGUUCUGCACAGGAAGGUUCUGGUCUGAGCCGUUUAUCUCCCAGGACCCCUCACCAUUUCUGCCACUUUCUGCCUCCCAGCUGGAGUGGAGCGCAGGUCUCCCCCCACCACCACGUAGCCCUGCGUACAGGAAGCAACAGGCAGGAAGUGGUUAGAAUGAUGGUAGAUGAAUGGAAUCUGGUUAACCAUUAAUAACAGGCAGGAACUGGUGGGAUGAUGAGUAAAGGUUGGACAUUCACAGAAACAUUUAUAGUUUCAGAUCAGUGUGCAACAUGCGGUCAGUUUUGGAGUUUCACUCAUCAACUGAUGUUACAAUAAAUCCUGUGCAAAAAGACCACAUGUUUUUAAUUUUAGGAAAACUGAAAAUUAAAAUGUUUCUGUUGUUAAAAUAAAGAUUUCAGAAA